GCGGGCUGUGCUCUCUGACCAUCGGUAAAGCUCUGCCAGAGGAUGAAGGACAGUAUAAAUGCAGAGCCGAGAACUCAGCAGGGAAAGCUGAAUGUUCCUGUAUGGUUCUCGUCGACGACCCGGCAGAAAACUCUCCGGCGGACAAGAAGUCCAAGAAGGCGACUCCGACCUCAGAGAGUGAAGCCAGAAUAAAGAAACCGACUGCCAAGACUCCUCCCAAACAAGCUCUGCCUCCUCAGAUCCUGCAGUUCCCAGAGGACAUGAAGAUCCUGGCAGGAGAGAAGGUCGAGAUCCUCUGCAAGUUCUCUGGAGCUCCGCCCAUCAACUGCACCUGGCUGAAGUUCAGGAAACCAAUCCAGGAGGGCUCCGCUGAUAUCUCCAUAGAGAGCUCUGACAGCAGCAGUAAACUUACCAUCUCCAGCGGUCAGCAGGAACACUGCGGCUGUUACACCAUCGAGCUGAGGAACAGCUUCGGCCUCCGACAGGCCGCCCUCAACCUCACCAUCGUCGAUAAACCCGACCCCCCAGCGAGGGUCCCUGCAGCCUCAGAUAUCCGGCGGGCCAGUCUGACUCUGUCAUGGUACGGGCCGACCUACGACGGAGGCAGUGCUGUGCAGUCCUACAACCUGGAGAUCUGGGACUCUUUGGACCCGCAGUGGAAACACCUGGUGUCCUGCAACAGCACCUCCUACAACGUACAGAACCUUCUGCCGGAGCGCCAGUAUAAGUUUCGGGUCCGGGCGGAGAACAUCUACGGGGUCGGAGAGCCGAGUGCUGAAUCUGAACCCGUUACUGUCGGACUGGUGGACGAUGAGAACCUGGAUGAGGCCGAGGCAGAGGAGGAGGACGAAGACUCAGAGAAAGAGCCGGACUACAGAGACGUGAGCGUCAGGACGGACAUGAAGGUGAAGGACCUGUACGACGUGGAGGAGAGGCUGGGAACGGGGAAGUUCGGUCAGGUCUUCAAACUGGUGGAGAAGGCCACGAGGAAGGUUUGGGCGGGGAAGUUCAUCAAGGCGUACUCGGCGAAGGAGAAGGAGAACGUCCGGCAGGAGAUCGGCAUCAUGAACAGCCUCCAUCAUCCCAAACUGGUCCAGUGUAUCGACGCCUUCGAGGGCAAGUCUGACAUCGUCAUGGUGCUCGAGAUGAUCUCAGGUGGCGAGCUGUUUGAGCGGAUCAUCGACGAGGACUUUGAGCUGACGGAAAGAGAAGUGAUCAAAUACAUGCUGCAGAUCAUCGACGGAGUCAACUUCAUCCACAAACAGGGCAUCGUCCACCUGGACCUUAAACCUGAGAACAUCAUGUGUGUCAACAAGACCGGCAGCAAAAUCAAACUCAUCGACUUCGGCCUCGCCAGGCGACUAGAAAGUGCAGGAACUCUGAAGGUUUUGUUCGGGACUCCAGAGUUUGUGGCUCCAGAGGUGAUCAAUUAUGAAGCCAUCAGUUAUCCCACCGACAUGUGGAGUAUAGGAGUCAUCUGUUAUAUACUGCUGAGCGGUUUGUCUCCUUUCAUGGGCGACAAUGACAACGAGACUCUGUCCAACGUGACCUCGGCCACCUGGGACUUUGAGGACGAGGCGUUCGAUGAAAUUUCCGACAACGCCAAAGAUUUUAUCACCAACCUGCUGAAGAAAGAUAUGAAGGCUCGGCUCACCUGUGCUAAGUGUUACGAACACGCCUGGUUGAAACAGGACACUAACACCAUGAAGGCCAAGAAGCUCUCCAAAGAGAGGAUGAAGAAGUACAUCCUGAGGAGAAAAUGGCAGAAAACGGGUCACGCUGUUCGAGCCAUCGGCAGACUGUCGUCCAUGGCCAUGAUGGCCGGCGUGAGCGCCAAGAAGGGCUCGCCAACCGAAGAGGACAACCAGUUCCUGGAGUGUUUGGAGUACGAGCAGAAGACGGAGUGUAAGCCGACGUUCAGUUCGGUCAUUAAAGACGUUGAGGUGGUGGAGGGCAGCGCAGCUCGCUUCGACUGCAAGAUCGAGGGGUAUCCGGAUCCAGAGGUGGUCUGGUACAAAGACGACCAGCCCAUCAAAGAGACCCGACAUUUUCAGAUCGACUACGACGAAGAAGGAAACUGCAGUCUGGUCAUUUCAGAGGUGUCCGGUGACGACGAUGCGAAGUACACAGUGAAGGCGGUCAACAGUCUGGGGGAGGCGACCUGCACCGCCGAGCUGCUGGUGGAGGUGAUGGCUGGAGAGGAAGAGGAGGAAGAGGAGGAGGAAGAAGAGGAAUAAAGCAGUGUUGGUCUGGACUCCCACAGGAGGAGGAGGUGCUACUCCUCUUCAUCCUGUCAGACCGGAGCAGGACCGAUCCAACCCCCCCGCUCGCUAAACACCCCAAAAAAAGAUUUUCUUUAUUCGUCACAGUGUGUGCUAAACCCCGCCCACCUGAUCCCCGUGGAGAACAUAAGCCCCGCCCCCCUCAGCUUAGCCUCUGUUCAUUGGUUGGUUUCCUCUAACAGACGGAACAAGAUAUCUGGAUUUUCAUCAUAUUAAAAUAUAAUUUAAAAGUUCUGAUAUCAGCGAUCACUAGAGCUCGAGGAAACACAUGACGUAAACAGAAACGUUUGUUUAUUGACAGGAAGCUUUAAUGUGUUAAAAACUACACCUCCCAUGAUUCUUUAGACAGCAGUACAGUGUCAGAGGAUUGUGGGAGAUGUAGUUGUUGAAUGCUAACAAAAUAACAAUUGUUAUAUCUGAUAAAAUGGUGGUAAAAUUUUAGAAUAUGGAUAAAAAAAAACUUGUUUCAGCUCGAUACGAAAGAUCACGACAGAAAACCUUUGCGAGGAAGCACAUUGAUGAAGAGUUACUAAAGGAAGGUAUGAUAACAUUCAGCUCCCUCUCUUCAUCAGAGACUCAUGGGAGAUGUAGUUGUUGUUGCAGGGCGCGGGACUUUAGCUCUCUGUAUACCUGAACCACGAUAAUGUACUGUAUGUGUACCAGACCUGCUCCCUGUGGGAGUCCAGGUGAGGAAGACGAUGGUACGAUGGAAGAAUGAGGAAGGCAGAGAUAAACAGAGCUUUAUAUCACAGAGUUUGGUCACCUAACAGUAAAGUGGCUUUAGAUUAAUCACCUAAAGAUGAUCCAGAUUUUACUGAUUAACUGUCUGAGCGUCCUGAGACGAGUUCAGGGUUUAUUAACGUCACUAGAAUCAGAUAGAAAGAUAACGUCACCCUAAUUAAUGUUAGCUCAAAAGCUAAUAACCAUUAACUAAUUAGCAGCAGUUAAUUAGAACAGCUUUGACCAACUAAAUACAUUUUAUACAGAAUAUGUAACUAACAACAUUAAAGCUAACUUCUGAUAGAGAGCAAACUAACGGUUACAAACAAACAUCAGAUAAAGAACUGAGUGACAUUAGCACAGCUUGUUAGCCGGACACGUUUCAUCUUAAUUAAUAUUAUUUAUUAGCAGUAUUUUCAUUUUAAUGUCGACCUCAGUCUCAGAUUCCGAUUCAGUGACAGACGGUGCUUCUGGGUAAUGGAGUCCAACCGUCGACUCCUGCCACCAAAUGCCUUAAUGCUAAUGUGACCCAGCUCUGUCAGUAUAAAGCUCAGGAUGAUGAUUAAUGAAAUAAGAAUAUUCCCAUUUGAAGUCGGUAAUCUAGCUGCUCCUUGUUUGAGAAACGUUGGUUCUUCUGUUCGAGCACUUUUUUUUCUUUCUGACUCGUUUGUGUUUUUGACUUCGACAGCAGUUUUAUCCUGAAACCAUCUUCCAGCUAACAUCACCUCUGCCUUACGUUGUUAGCCUUAAAGAGUCACGGUGACGCUCAGAGUUUACGACCUUUAUUACACGGUGAGCUGCCUUCAACCCGCUAAUGACACGCUUAUUAAUUAAUAAAUAAUUUCAAUUCUGUCCAAAUUCCCCCAAAAACUAAACACAGUCCACAGUUGAUCUCUGAGAUUUUGUUUGGAGGCACAGAAAGAAAUUAGAGACAUUUUCUCAUAAUGUUGAUUUAUGUAAUUGUAAUUAUGACUCAACAUCCCAUAAUUACAAUAUGAAAUCACUAAUUUCUUAAUUACGAAAUCUUUAUCUCAGAUUGAAGAUUAAAUAUCAGGACUAUUAGAUAGAAAUCCUUUAAUUGUGACUCAAAACUUGUAAUUAUUUAUUCUGUUUUUAAAUUGCUUGUCAGGUAAUUUUGUGGAUCAUAUAAUUACGAGUAAAUCUGAUUUCUUUAUCUCGUAAUUAUGAUUUUUUUAAAUUGCAAGACCUUUAUCUCAAAGUUAGUUUUUUUUUAAGACAGUUUGUCUUAAAAAAAAAUGUUCAGAAUGUUUCUAUGAUGAUGAUGUGUUAUUAUCCAUCACCGAUUGAUAAAUCUUCCAUAAAAUCCCUCCAGCAGCAGCUUCAGGUGCCGAACCUGACCCCCGACCGUCAGUGCUUCUGGUAGAAACCGGACGCAAUCUGAAGUCGUCUCCGCCGCGUUUUCAUUCGUGUUCACGCUGAUGUCGAAGUCGUUU